AUGCCACAUUUCGUUCCUGUUGAUGCUCUCAGAGAGGAAUAUGAGGAGGCUGAAUUUUUGCUACGGGAGGAGGUUGAAGAGAGCUUAGGUCAUCAACUCGUCAAGAAAACCUCUGGGAUAUGCAAACCCCACGUGGAGGCAACCGGCUUGCCUCCACGUGACCAGCCUCCUGCCCGCAUCCUCUCUCUGGGCGGAGCUCCUACUCGAGACCAUUCCGACCUCGGCGCGUCGCUCAGCCCUCCUCCUCCAGGGUGGCACUCGCCUUCCGAGACUGGGAGAGUGUGCGUGGCCAGGAGAGCUCUUCCCUGUCUCUUUCGGCCGUUUCCAGUUGUGUCAAUCAUCGGAGGAGGAGAAAUGAGGCGGCAGCCACCGGGGAAAGCGGUGCCGGCUUUCGGCUUACUCGUCGUCGGCCUCCUCAUGACGUGGAACACGUUGACGAGGUGGCACCGGAGUCGGCUGGAUCACGCGGGACCCCGUUUCCGCAAUUCCCUACGAUUCAGCCCUGGGAAAUUCCCAUGGGACUACGUCUUCAUCGCCGUCAUCAGCCUCAUCGGGCUCAUCUCCGAAGCGGCUUACCAUCGCGGAAUGGGUAUGAUGUGGAUCGAACACGCCGGAAGCUAUCUCGGUCCCCUGUUGCUCGCUUUCGUCAUGAUCGUCAAGGAGUGCAGAUUGGCAUCGGUUCCGCCGAAUUCGGACUAUGCCGCCGCCAUCCUCGGCGGGUCCCUUCAGUACAUCCUCGCUGCAUUCACGGGAUCUGCGAGUCCCCUGGAGGAAAGGAGCUUCGCGGCCCUGAAGUACGUGAUCCUGGCCAACAUCGCCGCCGUCUCCACCGAGCUGCUGAAGUCCUCCCACGUCACGGCCGGCCUGUUCCGUUGCUACUCCGUGAUCCUGCAAGGGACCUGGUACCUGCAGCUCGCCGUGAUGUACCCGCCGGGGAAGACGGACUGGGACUUCCACAGCAUGGAGAACGUGAUGUUCGUCACGGUGAGCUUCGCGUUGCAGGUCGUAUUCGACGCCGUCCUCGUCCUCGUCCUCAACGUCCUCGUCGGGAAAUACGUGGCUUGCAGGAAACGCGGAUGUCGGAACGGCGUUUCUCAGGAGGAAGCGAAGAACUUGAUCGACGGAGGGGAGCCUUGACGUUUUUUUUGGGUUUCCAUUUGCUGCUUCGAAGGGAAUCGGUUUCUUCUGGGUUGGGUCGAUGGGGAAAAAAUUCGAAAGGAAUUUGAGGAAUCCCUACUUCGUUGUAUUGGAUCCCGCUAUUGUUUUUUUGGGAUAUUGUUUUCCAAUAAAAUGCCGUGGGAAAUUCA